UCGAAAGUCCGCAGCCUAGGACUCUAUUCACGGGAAUCACCGAAUUUUCCGAAGCGCAGCGGCUGUGUGAUGAGGCCACCGUAGCCCGGGCCUUAGGUCCUACUUUGGUGGACGUGGUACACUAAUUAAGCUCCUCAUCCGGCGCCCCAUUCCCCGUUACGCUUCCUGUGCGUGCAUCCAUUUCAGGUUCGUGCGCUGCUGUCGUCGUUGGUCACUCUGGAGUUCGUUUGUCAGCUCCGCUCGUCUGCUUGUGAGGAGCUCUCUCCUCGUCGUUUAUUCCUCCGGAGUAUGUUCCCUUGCCUCCCCGAUUGCGCCCGGCGAGUCUGUCAGUGCGCGGUGACGGCAGGCAAUUUGCUCUCGUCGCCUUUCUCUCACGUGCUGCUUUCCUUCCUUCCUUCCUUCCUUCCUUCUGUCCUUCUGUGAGGCCUCUCGAUUGGAUUUAAUUGCCCGCCCGCCGAUGGAAGAGCGAACAUUUUGCCCUGCCUGCCUGCCCUUUGUGUAAUGAUUGCUGGGUGUGCGGCUAGUUGAUCAGUAAAUUGCACAUUUUUGUUGAGAGCUACGCAAGAUGUCCUGGUCUGACUCCCGAAGCAAGGAGCCUUGGAACAGAAACCUGGGACUGGAGGUAUGUUGCCAGCAACAUGCUCGGCCCGCACGGAGGUCACUGAUUGAGUCGUGCUCGGGUCUGGUCGUGGGGCGAUCGGAAUACGCAUGUCACAGAAAUAAUGUGUGGAAUCAGUAGAAGAGAACCUGUGGGAGGAGUACGUUCCAGAUCUGUUUCGUUCUUCCGCAUCUUGAAGGAGAUGCUUUUGUCUUAAACUAUUAGGAGCAACAAACUUACAGGAUAUUUGAGGCGCAAAAAAGUGGCGGACAAUAGACAUGCGGGUACCUUGGGGAAAGUUGGGAGCCCUAUCUCAUAAAAUAAAUCCAUUAGGGGCUUUGUCACAAAGCCAUCAUCAACAUGGCGCAGCGCCUGAUUCUUCCAGAAAUGGGAACCCUCCCACCAAUAACACUCAGACUACUCCGACUCCAGGGGCUCCUAAGAGCAGGUGGAACUUGAGGGCUGUAAGCCGAAUGAAGCGAUCCAACUCAUCAGGCAAAGCAGGGCUUCAGCAAGAAAAUGAGGACAAUGUGAAAGUUGACAUAGUGGAAGAAGAAAACUCCGAUUUGUUGGGGGAGAUUGUAAUGACGGGUACUCUGUCACUGCCUGGGAAGUUGAUUCAUUCAUCUACAGAGGUGACUGCGAAACUGACUUCGAAAGCCUUUUUGUGGUCUCUGCACUGCAUACGGUUAGAGGACAUUGUUGCGGUCUCUUGUUAUGAAGACAGUCAACGGAUCACUAUUCAUUCAUACGCGUUCGUGAGGACGAGAUGGGUACCUGAAACUUUUGGAAGAGCGCGCAGAUGCAGAACAGAUCUGCACUUCACCGCAUCUACAGUAGAAGAGGCACUGGGAUGGGUUGCUGCCUUUGCACAACAAGGCUGCUAUAUCCAGUUCCUUCCUCAUCCCAACUCGUCCAAAAAGGGUUCUGCAUCAACUGAGACUACCACUCCGUCAGCAGCGAAAGAAGCAGUGAAGUGUCGAGCAUCUCGAGAGAUGCUGGUAGUUUUAAAUCCAAAAUCCGGAAGGGGACGUGCUCGCAAAGUCUUUCGCAGUAAAGUUCAACCAAUUCUCGAGCUGGCAGGUUUCAAGCUGCAUGUGGUAGAGACAACGGGCGCGAGACAUGCCCAAACAAUGGCAAUGCAACUAGACCUUGCAUCUUGCCCUGAUGGUAUCAUAUGUGUUGGAGGUGAUGGCAUUAUUAACGAGGUGUUGAACGGGUUACUGAGUAGAGAUGACGCUGAUCAGGCUUGUACUACUCCUAUUGGAAUUAUACCAGCAGGUUCCGACAACUCCCUAGUGUGGACCGUUCUAGGUGUGAGGGAUCCUACAACAGCUGCUCUUGCCAUUGUGAAGGGUGGAUUAGUAGCAACAGAUGUUUUUUCAGUUGAAUGGACGAAGACAGGUGCGACGUAUAUGGGCCACACUGUUGCUUACUACGGCUUUAUGAGUGAUGUACUGGAGUUGUCAGCCAAGUAUCAAGGUAGAUUUGGGCCCUUGCGGUAUUUUGUUGCCGGUGUUAUUCGACUGUUCAACCUCCCGAAGUACAAGUGCGAGGUUCAAUUUUUGCCAGCAGAGAAUCCCUCUGUUGAGGUUCGCAUCGACAAAUUAGAGGAUCCCGUAGAACACCAGUUAGAGACUUCGGAGGAUAAAGGACCUGUUUUUGACAGCGAGUCGGAAAUUGUCGCAGAACCAAGAUUGAAUAAUAUCGGUAGCCUGCCUAAUCAUGAGGGCAUUAUGGGUUCUCCGGCCAAGUUGACAGUUGAAGUCGAUCUGUUUGGACCCUUGGACGCAACGAACGAACCCUCAGAUUAUGUCAGAGGACUAGAUGGGAAGACGAAGCGAUCACCUUCGGCAAGCAGGUUAUCAGCACCAGGGUCCCUUGAAGAAGCCGUUGCAGUUCACCCCAUGGCCGCGGGAGCUAGCCCCUCCCCACGAUCUCGAUCCAGAAGCAAAUCACGCUCAGAUCGUGGAUUAUCAGUCUUGAGUGCCAUGGCCCCUAAACCUUUGCGAAAAUCGAAGUCAUCACAAAGAAUUGUAAAUGCCGAAGCAGGUGUAGUUCAAAGUUGCUUGGGUGAUAACAUUGCGAACAGUUUGGGGAGGAGAUGGGGCCCCUUGGAAGGUGCAUUUGAUUCAAAAGCAGGAGUUACGGCUACAGUACAGUCGUCUACUAAGCCUCGUGAGCCCACCGCUGAAGAUUGGGUCGUGAGACAGGGCCCAUUUCUUGGAGUUAUGAUUUGCAAUCACCAAUGUAAAACAGUUCAAUGUUUGGAAACACAGGCGAUGGCUCCUCUAGCAGAGCACGAUGAUGGCACCAUGGAUCUGCUAAUGGUGCGGAGUGUGGGUCGCUUCAAGCUUCUCCGCUUCAUUAUAGCCAUGCAGUUUAAUCGUCACCUUUCCCUACCGUAUGUGGAGUACAUGAAGGUGAGGUCAGUGUCAUUAGAACCCAGUAAGAAGGGACAUCUUAGAUGUGGUAUAGAUGGUGAGCUGCUGACAUUGGAUGGGCCCAUUUUGACAUCAGUUCUGCCCUAUCAAUGUCGUCUAAUUGGUUGUGCGAAGAAGCGCUCUUAGUACUCACUCUAUCUGAGUCAAUGGGCAUUGGCGUAAUUCAACUAUUUUGUGUAGGUAAAUGUCAUCCAUUAUAGAUGUCCCGAUACUUAAAACAUCUGAUAUAUUGGUAGAUAGAAUACAGCUGAUUCUUUUGCAGCUGGUAGACGGUAGGAGAUAUUGCUGUCCUCUGACCACCUUUCUGGGAGAGGCACCGUAGGGCUUACAAAAGAGGCCUCUCACAAUAAGGCAGCCAAGGAUAGAAAGACAAUUGUGAAUAUGGAUAGACUGUCUUUGUUCAUGGAUGGCAUGUAAGAGUAACGGGCUGAGUCAUGAUUGACAGACACAAAUGUGUCAUGGACGUUGUAGACUAGGUUGUAACAUUCUGUGUGGGUUCAAUAUAAACAAGCCUGCUGGAGGAUUUUUUAGUACUGGAUCAAAUAAAACUGGUAAGUGCAUGUACCUAGUUGCACACCUUCUUCUCA